UCUCUAUCAAUACUCCUCGUGUAAUAUUAAAAAUUUGUUGUGAAGCGUUUUGGAUGGAGUAUUAAGUGAAUUUACUGCAAAAUUCGCUUAGGGCAUUUCUAUCUCUUAAUUUCUUUGAGUUCCAAGACGCAAUGGAAAAUUAUGAGAGGGCAAGGAAGCUACAGGAAGAGGCAGGAGUUCCUCCUGGAGGGAUCAAGCGCUGCUGCUGCAAUUGCCGGAGGAAGCUGGAUCCCUACCAGCUGUUCGAUGACAACGUGGAGGAUAUAGCCAAGAGCCUCGCUCAGAUAAUGCUGAUCUGCGGCAUCAGUACGAGCAAAUCCUGUGCAGCAAGGUCGAUAAUCAAGAGGGCUUUCGUUUACCAUGAGCGAUUGCGCACCACCUGUCCACCAGCUCCACUUCCAGGCACUCGGCUGAAUCGUGAGGAUCUGCUGCAGGCUCUGCGACUGAAGUGUGAAAUGGAACCCGUGGAGGCGAUGCUCACCUAUGCGAUCAUCAAGAGGGCCUUCAAGGCCUUCUAUCAUGGCAAGCCACAGGUGACCAUCAGUAAUCCCAUAGUAGAUGCAAUGGCAGUGCACACCCAGUUCGCUGCUUGGAUGCACGCUGCCCACAAGACCUCCAGGCUCUUCGACAACUACAAGGCGGCUUUCUUCUGGGCCCACAAACACUACGAGCGGCAGAUCAAACUGGUGUACACGUCCCUCUACCAGCGGAUGACUACCAGAUCAGACCCGCUUUUAGUUCCCGGAUGCCCCUGCAAGGGCUGCUCCAAGCAGGAGGUUCCCGGUCACCCGAAGGCUGGCCAAAGGCCGAUGAAGAAGAUCAAGCUUUCGGAGGGGGCAGAUCUACCAGAACCCUGCAUCCUUUGUGGCCUGCAAGUUCCUCGAAUGGAGAAGGAUGUCAAGAUGAGGAAACCACCGCGACCCAUAAUCAACCAUGAGGUCAAUCUGCCCAGAUGUCAACAGUGCAAUUCUCCCUUCCUGAUUUGCGAGUGCAACAUAGAUCAGUUGACUGGCGAGCAGUUCGGCGAGUGUGGACAGGACUCCUACAAGGUGAAGUGGUAUCGUCUCGAAGAACCGGUGGACAUUUCACAACCCAAAGCACCACCGACUGGCGAAGAGGAGACCGACACGAGCUAUGCCGAAGUGAUGGAACCUCCAGAUGACUGGGACAAUCACCACUGUCCACUCGACUGCAAACACGACUCCUGCAGCGAAUCCACGAAUGUGUGUCAUGCCACCUCGUCCUCGGGAUCUUCGGAUAGUGACUUUGCCAGCUGCUCGGAUGGCGAAGGAGAGGAGGACGUUGUGGCACAAUUGGAGGAAUACCUCAACAAACUGUGGGCGGAGGAGGUGGCUCAGAAGAAGAAUCCAUCUUAUGUGCCCAGGGUCAUCGAACCACCUGGUCCAAGGUGUACAAGGUGCAAAGACUAAUUGUUCGGCUUUUGGCAUCUCUCUGUUUGGCUUCGACUCAUACCUAUUUCUAUAUUUAUAUUUUGGCUAUAUAAAUUAUUGAGCAAUAGAAAGUAGGUUCAUAAAAUAUAUUUGAUGUUCAAAAUUAAA